AUGACAGAAUCCUACGACGCCGUGGUCGUAGGCGCCGGCUGGUUCGGCCUCGCCGCCGCAAAGGCCUACACCCAACUCCACCCGACCGCGAACCUCGCCGUCCUCGAGACCGCCGAGUCCUGCGGCGGAACGUGGUCCCAGAACAGACUCUACCCGGGCCUCAAGUCCAACAACAUGGUCGGCACCUACGAGUACCCAGACUUCCCCAUGGCGGAGGCCGUCUACGGCGUCAAGCCCGACAACCACAUCCCCGGGGCCGUCUUGCACCGCUACCUCACCGACUUCGCCAAGCACUUCGCCUUCUUCGACCGUAUCCAGUUCAACACCUCCGUGGAUCUCGUGGAGCGUCUGGGUGAGAAGGGGUGGCGCCUUUCUGUGACUUCACCCGCGGGAACCCGUACCGUCGAUACUGAGAAGCUGAUCUUGGCGACGGGGCUGACAUCCACCCCGAACUUGCCGACGUACGAAAACGAGGAGAACUUCGGCGGACCGCUCUUCCACGCCAAGGACUUCUGCAGAGAAGCAUCCACCCUCAAGGGCGUCAAGAACGCCGUCGUCGUGGGUGGUGCCAAGUCCGCCUUCGACGUCGCCUACGCCCUGGUCCAAGACGGGGCGGAAGUCGACUUGAUCGUCCGCCCGAACGGCCACGGCCCCGUCUGGAUCGCGCCUCCGUUCGUGACGCCCUUCAAGAAGAGGAUGGACCAGCUCCUCAACAUCCGCUGGAUGUCCUGGUUCAGCCCCUGCCCUUGGGGCGAAGAAGACGGGUACCCCGGUAUCCGGAACUUUCUUCACGGUACUGCUGUCGGGCGGUUUAUUGUGGACUCCUUCUGGAAGGUAUUGAGCGGCGAUGUUCUCUCCGCGAACGCGUACGACUCGCAUCCGGAGCUUCAGAAGCUUAAGCCGUGGCACUCUGCUUUCUGGAUCGGCAGCGGUCUCAGUAUCUUGAACUACGACAGCAGUCUGUUCGACCUCGUCAAGGAAGGGAAGAUCCGGGUACACAUCGAUAAUAUCAGCCGUCUAGAGCCCCAUCGUGUGAUUCUUGCAUCUGGAGUCGAGAUUGACGCCGAGGCUAUCGUUUGCUCAACGGGAUGGAAGAAGGAGUCAACCAUCAAGUUCGCCGGGCUGGGCGAGGAGAAACUCGGUCUGCCCAUUACCGCAACAGAAAAGCGAUCUCUCGACCAAAGUGCCGACGCCAAAGUUCUCUCCCUAUACCCACGCCUAGCAGAGCAACCGAAGCUCCGAUUCCAGCCCAAAGAGGCAAACCCACUACGCUACUACCGUUUCAUGGUCCCCUCGACGAUGGUAUCCUGCCGCAAUCUCGCCUUCGCCGGCAUGAUCUCGACCGUAAGCACGGCGACCUGCGCGACGAUCCAGGGACACUGGAUCGCGGCGUUCCUGGGCGGCAAGCUGGACCGUACUCCGGCUUCCGAGCAGGAGAUCGAGGACGAGAUCAUGCUUCAUACCCAGUGGGGGAAAUGGAGAUAUCCCUGCGGAUACGGUGCCGACCUGCCCGACUUUGUGUUCGAGGGCUUGCCGUAUUGCAAUAUGCUCAUGAAGGAUCUCGGGUUGGACACGCACCGCAAGUCGAGUUACUUUCAGGAACUCACGUCUCCUUAUCUGCCGGCUGACUUCCGUGGCUUGGUUGAUGAGUGGAAGUCGGGGCAUGAUGUUGAUGAGUCCGAUGUCGAACUUGGACCGCAAAAGCCGGCAAUAUGUCGCUUCUCGGAACCCAUCGCCUUCAACUCGAUCCUCGCCUACACCUAUGCGAUGGUGAAGGACUUUGGUGUCGAGGAGAAAGAUAGAGGGUUCUACGCCGGACUCCUCGUUUCCGCCUACGCAGUUGCCGAAGCCAUCACCUCCAUGGGAUGGGGCGCCUUAUCAGACCGCGUUGGUCGCAAGCCUGUGGUGCUCUUCGGCCUCGUUGGUGUCGCCAUCUCCACGAAGGCGUAUGCCGUACAACCAUUUGUUUGGACUCUUGGUGGCAUCAUUGGCUCUGCCAUGGGAGGAUUCCUGGCCCAGCCGGCCAAGUUCUACCCUUCGAUUUUCCCGGAGGAUGGAGUUUUCGGACGAUACCCCUACUUGCUGCCUAAUGUGGUUUCCGUCGUUGCAAUUAUUUUUGCAGUAAUCCAGGGCAUCAUUUUCUUGGAGGAGACCAACGAGUACCUGUACACCGACGACAACAACACCGAAGCCGUCGAGGAGGAUGACUUCGCCGACGAAACAACGCCGCUGAGAAGAGGCGCGCGAGGAAGCGUGGACCGCGGACGUGGACGCGGCCGCUCCAUCUCGACGAGUCACUCAAGACCGCGCUUCGCCGAGUCCAGUUUGCCUCUGCCGAUCGAGCACGACUUCGACCUCCGACGCUCAUCAUUUGGAACCGUUCACUCGAUUAAGGUUGUCCCCGAUGAAUUGCGAACGGAGUUGUUGCGCCAGAAUGGUCAUAACGGUCAUAACGGCCGCCAGAAUGGCCGUGCUCAGCAGAACAAGAAGCCCAAGGUGAAGACCUUCAACUUUACCGUUGUCAUGCUCAUCACCACGCUCAUCAUCUUCUCGUACCACCAAAUGGCUGCUGGAUCUCUUCUCCCAACCCAUCUCCUCGACGACCCGGCAGCGCCUCGUGGACACCUCGAUCUCCGCGGUGGGCUUGGGUACGAUGUUCACGACGUCGGGAAGUUCUUGGCCGUCAACGGUGUCCUGGGACUUCUCAUUCAGGGCCUCAUUUUUCCGAUCUUCGUCGAGCGCGUGGGCGUCUGGGGCUCGUUCAUCUGGAUGAUCGUCCUUUACCCCACCGCCUACCUCCUCCUGCCGUUCCUGUCAGCGCUCCCUGAGCCUCUCACCCAGGCAGGAAUCUACUUCUCCUUGAUCAUGCAGAGUUUCUACGGUAUUAUCGUCGGUCCCGUAACUUUGAUCUUGUUGAAGGAUGCGACGCCGACGCCCCAGGCCCUCGGAAAGGUCAACGGACUGGCCAUGUCCGGCGCCUGCCUCGCCAGAACGGUGUCGCCGCCCCUCGUCGGUAUCAUCUACGGUUUCGCAGGCUCUGCAGCGGCCUGGUGGAGUUGCUCCGGCUUUGCCCUCCUCGGAGUUUUGCAGGUCAUUUGGGUCCCGAGGAAGCAUAUCCACGUCGACCACGUGGAGGUCGACAACGCGUUGACCAAGCAGAUCACGAACAGCUCGCAGAGAGGAGACGACGAUCGCGGCCGGGCUUAA